AACUGAUAAGGAGUUGAAAUAUGUUUAAUAUGAAAAUUGUUUAUGAAAGGACUACUAAACUGUGAAUUGUAUACAUUCGCAGUAGUAAUUUGUAUUAAAUUAUAAAAGAAAUGUAUUUUAAUAAUCUAUACGAAAAUUUUUGUUCUGUUUUUAGCUUAAUUAAGAUCAAGGGUUUUAUGUUGAAAUGUGUCUGAAAAUUGGUUCAUUACAAUACAAAGUCUAUUAAAUUUCAAUUUCCUUGGACGGUGUAUAAAAAUUCUGAUUAUGCUCGUCUAUUAUACUCCUCCAUUUCUACUAGAAAUGAUCUACAUUCAAAAAGAUGUGGGUUGUAGUUUAUUUGUAAAUAAACAUUAGUACAUUAAUAUGAACUAUCCAUUAAUAUUGUUAUUGAUGUAUUAUACAAUUCAUAGCAAAGGUAAAAAUAACAUUAAUAAAUAAAAUGAUUUAUAUAACUAUGAUCGAACAAAAACUUCUUUGGUCGAUUGGAAAGCUUCGUGGCUUCGACUGAAAUCCGGUAUAAUUCAAUUAUCUUUACCGGCAAUGUGUGAAUAUGAUAAUUGGAAUACAUUGCGCGCAAUCUGUUACGCAGCUACAGACUAAACACUGCACAGAAGCAGAAAGAGAUUUUUUAAUCAAAUGAAACGUGUAUAAUAGAUAUCAAUAAUUUCUUUUCAAUUCAUAUUCAAAUUCGUUUAAUUUCAAACUGUUUAAAUUUCGUGUGUUUCGUAUUAGCUUAAAUGUUAUAAAGGGUAUCUGUAAUUCUCCGACAUUCUUGCAUAUACAUAUACGAUUAAUAUUAUUAUAUUGCAUUAUAUUAAUAAUAAACAGUAUAGACGAUUUUAUACAAAAAGAAAAUAAAAAUUUCUAUUUCUAUAAAAAGCUGUCCAUAAAAAGGAUAAAAUAUCUUAAGAAAUAAUUAUAAAUAGCCAAGUACCCAUUUAUAAGUGUUAAUUACAUUUGCGAUGACCCUAUUAAAAUUAAGUGUGCUAUCCGCUAAAGUAAAGUAGGCUAAAUGCUCAAUAUGUUCUUAAAAUGCACUUGAUUGAUUAUCAGCUUUAGUAUUAAUGAACCUAUUAACUUUUAUCUUUUUAAGCAAUUCCUUUCUCAAAAAGUGUGCCCUGGCGUUUUUCUCAUUUUUCUGCAAAGAAAUAACUACUUUUCUUGAAGAAGAGCAACUUGAUAGAGAAAUUAAUACGAAAUUCAAGAAGUCGUUAAAGAAUCUCAUUAACAGAUUACAGCAGUUGAUACAAAUUUCCAUUUUAAUAGACUGUCUUACGAAGCUAAAAAAGUUUCUUUAACUAAAGUAAAUUAUAAAUAAAUGAUUCAUUAACUGAAAAAUAAAACUUUCAUUAAUUUCUAUUAAAUUUUGUAUCUCAUUACAUGGUUUAUGUAUUAACGCAUAAAAUCCACGUUGUGACAAUGUAAAAUAAAACUAAAUAAAAUUUUGUUGUUUUAAUACUUUGAUAUUAACGUGUUAAAACAACAGACAAAACAAAAAACAUUAAAUAAUUUUAAUCAACUCCACUUUCAAUAAAUUAUACGACGGAAACUUUAUUUCUAUUGUAAUAAACAGUUUAGUGACAAUUAUAUAACUGUCACAAGAUUAUCAUCAAAAUAACUACACUAAUAAUGUUUCUUAGACCUACAUCUUAUAUUUGUAAUUCUUUAAACAUCAUUUUCACGUUUUUUAUUAAAUAUAAUAAUACUUUUUUUUAAAUUAUACCUAAAACUGGCACUUUAAAAACAUCAAUGGAACAUAAUUAAUCUUUAAAUGUAAUAAAAAAUACUAAAUAUAGAAAUAUCAUAUAACCUUGCGGAAACCAGUUUUGGAAAAAUUUUCAACAUAACGAAUGAAGAAUGACGAAUAAAUUAAAUGUGAUUAUUAUUUGUGAAUAACGAAUGAUUAAUAUAUUUGUAAUUCAUAGAAAAUACAUGAAUUUAUUUUAUUCAUUAUUUUCUAUUCGUUAUUUUGAAUAGCCUACAUAUAAUAACAUAAGAAACAUAAAUGACAUUGUAAAUGACAUAUCAAAUGCAAAUAAGAAAUGAUGAACAACAGAUAAUGAAUAACAAGAAUAACAAUUAAUAAUUUAUUCAUUAUUGUUUUUCAAAUAAAUUAUUUUAUUUAAAUAAUGCCCAAUAUCAGUAGAAAUAAACAAAUGAAAGAAGAUUGCUUCCUGAAAAACACACAAUUGAGUUUUAAAAUUAAAUUUUCAAAAACCGUUACAACACAAAUUCAGGAAAUUAUCUUUUACAAAUAAGAAAUAUAUCUAAGGGUACGUACUUAGUAUAUGUUAAGCAACAUUUUAUUCAAAGAAGAGAUAAAAAUAAUAAAUAAAAUUUUAUUCAAAUGAAAUUGCAUUUGGUGAAUAAAAUGUCGUUUACACUUUUUUGAAAUUACGGAUACUUUAUACGAAUAAAUAAAGAUGAAUUAUUUUUAAAAAAUAGUUAAAAUAUUUUUACAAACCUUAAGCAAAAAAACGGAAAGGAAGACGAAAAUGAAAACUGACAAAAUUGUAACAGAAGUUUCGCUUUCGAAUUAAAUAAUUGAAUAUCUUGCAACCGCGACACGUUAAUCAGAUUAAUCUAAUAAGACCGGUCAGUGACGUAUUAUGCAGAAGGUACAAGCUUAUCUGGAAAAUAUAAUCUAGGGCUCUACAUAAUACUUCUCUAAUGUUGUUGAAUAUCAAUAUUUACUAUGUAGCGUGAAUGUCUCGAUCAAAAAUAAUUUAUCUUACUUAUGAAUAUUUCUUAUCUGAGUCGAAUAUUUAUUAUAUAUAACUCAUACACCCUAAUUUAUAUUUCACAAUUUAGGUGCAUUUGAAGGUAAUAAUGAAUCUGAAUUUAAUAAUAAAUUAUUUCAGUUACAUAUACCUUUGCCUAAUGUAAUUUUAAAAUUUCAUUUCUCACAUUUCUCGUUUCGUUCUUUAUUUUCAUACUUUCCCGAUUUCCUUUGCCUUCAUUUUCCUUUUCACAGUUUCAUUUUCUUUAGUUAUUAAUUUAAUUCGAUAAUGUACUGCUUCGAUCGCUAAUAUAUUGCAAAGCACUAAUAGUAUAAUUUGUAUCAAAAUUAAUUAAGGCAAUAUUUUAGUUAAAACGGUAAAUAUAUUUUUCAGAAAAAUGACAUUUAUUAUAUAACUAUAUAUUUUCGAAAUAAAUUUCCAGCGUUUUCAAAACUGUUUGUACAAUAACCUUGUACAUAUGAACCUAUGUUUUUUGCAAUUAUUCCCUAAAGGGAAUAUUAUCUCUAUUAUCCUUAAUGAUUAAUUGAAAAGAAGAAAAGAAUUCUAAAUUCAUUACAAGUUUACAUUUACUAUAAAAGUUAAAUAUUCACAAACUAAAGAUAAAUUGAAUUUUGACUUCAAAGAAAUAAAAUAGUACUACCCUACACCAUUAAUUCCUUUAAUAAUACAAAGAAAAGGGUUAAAAGGCCCUACCUGGCCCUAAAACAAAAAGUUAAACACAAAACAAUUUGCCUCAUCCUACAACAAACAUCAUCAAUGAUCUUUGACAACCCAAAGCUUCAAAAAAUUUACGAUGAUCGGGGGUAGCAAAAAUCGUUUCAAUGACCGCGAUAUCCACCCUAAACCCUUCCAGGUAUCGUAACACGACUAUCCCGCGUCGCUGACCAUACUUUUAUCGUAGCCGUUCGCAGUCAAAAGGUUAAUUAGAUUUCACCGUGAAUGAAAUUACGGAGGUCGUUCGACGAGCGAGCGGUGGCCUGCAUUAACAUUAAUCGACGCGGUCGUUGGUAGCGAUACCGAACGCGUUAACGGCAACGCGAACGCGAGACGCCGGAUUAUUAAGUUAGUGUCCCCAUGACGACCAGUGGUCAAGGAAAUGGGUGUUUCGUAGACAGUCGAAGCGCGGCAGUGACAGCGCUUCGUGGGAUUCGACGAACCGGUAUGAAAAGUAUGAGAAAUCGUGGACGAGGUUUCGCCGAUGACCCUAACUCGCGUGGAAAGUAGUAGUCUGACCCACGGAAAAGACGUUCCGUUCAGGAGGCAUCCGUUAGAGCCGCACGGAAGAUCGUCCGAUUAUCGCCUAGUUUGCCAGCUCUUAAAUUAUUAAGCCUUUAUCGCGUCUUCCAACGUCGACACCGAAGCCAACCAAGUAUUUAAUUCAAUAUACCGUCGACCAGAGGAUAACGCGAACAUUGGUGCAGAGGAUUUGCAUCAGCAGACUUUAACCAUGUUUUGUCUGAAGGGGAGGGGGAAUCGCGACGCGAAACUAAAGGAAACAUUAAACGUGGAUGAUUGCGGAUGGUGGCUGUGCAAUGAAGACGAGCUGAAGUCUCCGAGAUCCAGCCGGAGCAAGGACUGUCUGUCUCUGGAUUCGGCGUCAGAGUCGAUGCUUUCCUGCAUAGACUCCGACGAUGACGAAAGUUACUCUCUAGCACAGGAAUUCAGACCAGAGUUAAAUGAUAACUGCGAGAAGAUAGAACUCACAUCCCUAAUUCACGAGGAUCUUAAUGUGGACCUUAUUGAACGUGACGCAAUUAGGAAUGAACCGGAUGUCACGGCAUUUCCAGCUAAAGAGGCCAAAGAUUAUUUCGAGGAAUCAGAGCCUAAAUCACAGAGGUCCCGCGGUAUAUGCUACACACCGGAAAGGCUGGUUAGGUCUCAGGAGUAUAGAAUACUCACUCCGUCGUCCCGUUACUUAUCCAUCUCUCAAGCGAGGCUCAUGCCAGAAAAUGAAAAUCCACGGAAAGCGCUUCGUUGCCGACGGCGAUUGAAUUAUCUUAUCGACUCUAAGCAAGUUGGUUCGACGCAAUUGAGAGUUCUCCUAAAUUCUACCCCUGUGGAGAUAGCAGUGCCAGCUAUUUUUUCGCCACCGUGGAAGAAUUGUAGAAAAAAUUUCAAUGAUGACGUUUCGUCGGAGUAUGACGAUGAUGGCACAAAAACGGAUCAUCCGUUGAAUACAAUGGACCACAAGAAACCUAUCGACUUGCAAACGCCAGACUCAAUCUAUAAAAGAUCCAGUAACGAGGGGUUGAACGUCACCUGGGAGGAUUGUAAGAGGAUAGAAACCCGUAGCUCCUCUAUGGAUGACACAUCUGGUAUCCAGAGUAAUGACUGGAGCUCGGACACUUACAGUGACCUACAAAAUACGCCAUUAUGCCUUUCCGACGAGCUGGCAUCGACGAAUUACAAGUUAGACACUUCACAGGGACGUUGUACCGCUAUCAAUGAAGUGGUAUCGAUUCUUGAAGUCCUCGACACGGACCCCGAAAAAGCAGCGGUUCUUCUCGAAGAAGAUCGUUUCUGUGAUAGCACCUCUUCCCACGAUCAGUUAACCAGGCUAGCCCUGGCGAUUGAAACGGAUGCGAAAGUGCCGGAUGUUCUUGAAACUUCCGAAAAUGUGGUUCGAAAUCUUCAAAGGAGGGUGGAGAAGCUUCAAGCUGGUAGUAAAGACAUGUUCAAAGAUAUAUGCAACCUGAGGCAAAGUUUUCAGUGCGACGAACGAAAAAUGGAGGAUCUUUCGAACAAUACAAGUAAACUUCGUGAGGACAUUCACGAGAUGCGAUAUCUUGACGAUAUCUUAAAUCUCUUACGCGGAGAACUCAAAAGAAUUUCUAAGAGGAAUUGGCCGUUCGUCGCGGGGCGCACGGAACAUCAUUCGGAGGAAAUGAAUCUCAUCGUAUAAAAAUAUUUUUCCUUGGUGACACCGAUAGAAUUUUAUAACAGGAAACAAGCCAAAGGGCAUUUUUAAAAUAUUUUCUGUAGGAACAAUAUUGAAUAUAUCAUUCCUAAGGAAUAUAUAAACUUUGUAUACUAAGUUGAGACAAGAAUAACUUCCUAUUUCCAUUUUAUCAAUUUAUUUCAGUUCAUAACAAUUUACAAUUACCGUCCAUUUACUGUACCAUUAAUCAUACAAUUGAAUUAAAAAAUUGUUCAUUCAGUAGGAACGGUUUUGUAGUUAUCACGUAAUAAAUUCUUGUUAGCUGUAAUGGAAGUUAUUGAUGAUUCAACUCUAAAUAUAUAUAAUUUUAUAAUUCGCAAGUACCUAUCUUAGAAACGUUUCACUGCCAUUUAAUUCGCAAGAACGUAAAAUCCCAAUAAACUUGUUAGGUCAGUGAUGUAAGACGUCUCAAACAAUUCCAUUGAAUUCGCGUUUUGAAAAUAUUCGAGAUAGAAAGGAAAAUUUAUUGAGAAAUUCAAAUGAAUGAACUUAGUAUUAAGAUCAAUAUCGAAUCAGUUUUAUCUUAUAAUUCCUUCCCAUCUUGGCUAUUUAAAUAUAACUGAAUUUUGUCGCAUGAAAACUUUACAAGAGUUAAUUUAACAACAGAUUAUUGCUAAAACAAUUUCAACUAAAUUUCUGUGUAAAUAUAUUGAAAUUUCUAUGAAUUAAUAUCUUGAAAGUUCUAUGUAGAACAUAUUUUUAUAACAAUAAAUUUCUGUAGAAAUUUUACCUGGAAGUUUGAUAGAAAGAUAAAAAUUUUUCAUAACAAUAUAUUGUUACGUAUGCCAGUAAAUAUAUAUUCAUGAUUUCAUAAUUUUAUAAAAAAAAGUUAUAAAACUAUGUUCGAAUUUGUCGUUUGUAACAAUAAACUGGUGCCAGUAUUAUUAUUAUGGUACUUAAAUGCGCGAAAUACUGCAGGCAGGUGUUUAAUUAAAAUUAGAAUCUAUACAAAACAGAAGUACCUAUGCUAGUUUCAGGCUUUUGUACAUUGCUUAGUUUUUUACGAUUAGUGAAACUACUGAAAUUUGUAUAAUAAUUUAUAUCUUUUGCACCGAGGAUGUAAUAACUGUUUCUUCAUUGAAGAUUCGAAUGCUAAAUUUUCUAAUGAAUAAGUACUUCUUUCAACUAAUCACAACCCUAGAAAACAAUAAUUAGAUAUUUUAGAUUAAUUAUUAAUUAUUUAGUCCUUGGCCACAUUAAUAUAAAAUUUUAUAAAUAAAACAAUACUAUCUGUGUGUGUAAGAACAUUAUUUUCUAUUUUAAAAAAUUGUCGUAAUGUAAUAUACUGUCAACCAAAUAAUUCAGGCCUGAAAGUUUAGCAUUCAAAAAUAUUGAAUGGUAGACAAAAACGUUAUAAAAAUAUAUAUAAUUGUAUUUAUGUUAGAAAAAUUCUAUUUAUAAAUAUAUUUUAAAUUUUAUAAACUAAAUA